CGAUCGCCUUAUCUUAUUUUCAACGGAUGAAUCGGAAAUUUAAUCUCUCCUCUUCAUUUUAUCUGUAAACAUCGAAGCUAACCUUUGCCCAGGAAAAGUACACGCGUGUAAUGUUCAUAUUCGUGCGACCUUGAUAGCGGAUCUUAAUCUUUUGACCACCCUUAUCAUAUCUUCUGACCGUCAGGUAACAAAGCGUCGAGUGGUGCAGCUAGCAGAAUAUCAUGGCGGCUGAAAAAGUUCCAAAUAUUCCACUGCCUGGGACUCGCGGAUAUCCCAAGAUAGGGCUAGGGACGUUCACUAUCUUUGAAAAAACGGGAAGCAACGACGAAGUGAAGGCUGCUGUAAGGUACGCCAUUGACUGUGGUUACAGGAGCAUAGACUGCGCUUUUGCAUACCAGAACGAAACUUCAGUUGGCCAAGCAGUAAAUGAGAAGAUCAAUGAAGGCGUUGUAAAAAGGGAAGACUUGUUUAUCACAACUAAGCUCUGGGAUACGCACCACAACCCCGCAAAUAUUCGAGAAAACUUCCUCAAAUCUCUCAGGAGUUUGAACUGUGGAUAUGUAGAUCUCUAUCUCAUACACUGGCCCUUCGGUUUCGAGGAUGGCGAUGUUUGCUUUCCAAGGGGAGACGAUGGAAAAGUGAAGUUUUCUGAUCAUGACUAUAUGGACGUCUGGAAGGGGAUGGAAAAGUUGGUUGAUGAGGGAUUGGUGAAAUCGAUAGGACUCUCCAAUUUUAACAAAAGCCAAAUUGAACGUGUCCUUCAAAACUGCAGAAUUAAACCUGGCAAUUUACAGAUUGAAGUCCAUCCCUAUAUGUCAAACAAGAAACUGAUAGACUUUUGUUCAGCAAAUGGAAUUUCCGUCACCGCUUACGCACCACUUGGAAAUCCUAACAGGACAUGGGCUGGUGACACGGAUCCGAUCGUCUUUGAGGAACCUCUUUUAAAAACUAUUGCAGAGAAGAAGAAUAAAACAGUUGCACAGGUCUGUCUCAGAUUUCUGCUUCAGCGAAAUAUCAUUGUCAUACCAAAGAGUGUCACUCCACAUAGAAUCAAAGAAAACUUUGAUAUUCUGGACUUCAAAUUGACUGAUGAUGAAAUGAAAAGUAUCUGGAGUAUGGACAAGGGAAAGCGGUUUUACGCAGAGGAUAUCGCAAAAGACCACAAGUAUUAUCCAUUCCACGAUGAGUACUGACUACAUAGCGAUGUAUUUAACAUUCAAUUGCACAAAAGAAAAUAAACUAAUAGUUUAUA